AUGUCACUUUUCGGACUUUUUGUCUUGCUCCUCCAAUUGACUCUGCCAUCUGCUACACCUUUAAUCGCCGAGGGACCACAAGGAUCGUGCUGCCCCUGCAUAUUGUACCCGUGGAGAGGUCGUGAUCCUCAAGAAAAUUCUGACCUAGCAUGUCAAACCUGCGUCCUCGAUCUGCUCCGAACUCCUCAGGAUCUCCGCCCCAACCACAACAACGAGUACCACGACUACAACUCAAAAAUGCAUCGCGACGAGUAUUCUCAAGACUACGGUCACGACCACAUCUGGAGUCGCAACCUCGUCGGCCACAACCACCACAACGUCAUCCGCAACAAUCAUCUCCACAUCACUCUCGACUGCAACUACCACUCAAAUUGUACCGGUCACCUUAUAUCAGACAUCGCAUACUACCUCUGUGACAACAAUGCCUGCUGGCACAACUACUCAAUAUACUCAACAAACGGGUUGCUCCAAAUACACUGGGCGAUGUUGCGCCUGGUUGUCCGUCCGAACUUCGACCAAUCAUCCUCGACCUUGCGAGCAAAAGGCUGCAGCUGUUACGUGACUUCGCAGCCAGCCUCCACACAAGUGGUCACGGCAACAACAAAGACAAGCUCGACCAAAACUAGUACCACAACUGUUAGCACCAUUUUCGUACCCUUUAGAACGACGACUGUGACAUUGACCGUGGUAAUCGGAGCAAUGUCAACCACAACGACGACCAGCAUCACCACUGCAACCGAACAGAGCUUUUCGACCGUCUACGAAACUGUGACCAGCACAACUACAUCAACAGCCACUGGCCCGACGGUCACAGCGACUGUCACCGUACCAGUCGGGUAUACACAGACACAUAGGAAGGACUUGGUCUUUUCCUAACAGGUGGCCAGACGUCUAUUCCGAAUGAGCCGAUGCCACAGUUAACGUAAGUACCCUCGAAAGUUCUCACCGGUCUCAGGCGGGUGAGAGAGCUUCACAAGAGGAGAUGAAACUUUCUUAGCUGGAACAUCUGUGGAUGAACUGGAAAGCGAUUAUGAG